CGUCAUACGUCUUCGUUGGAAAAAUCAAAAAUGGCAGACAACAAACACCAAAACUGAAAACGAGUUCAUUGUUUACAGAAAACAUAUAAAUUUUCCGCCCUUUUUCUCCUAAAAAUUCUUUCCUUCCAUGGUAAACUCGUUAAAAUUAUCGAUUAACCUUUGAUUUCUGUCGAAAUGGCUGAAGAAAUAGAGAACGAUGAUGACCAGUGGUUGUAUGGGGACAAUCCUGAUGGACAACCACGGGAGCCGGAAGCUGAAACUGUGCCUGUUCCCGGUGAAAGUGAUGAGGUGCCUCCUGGAGAAGAGCCAGUUCCACCUAUAGAACCCGCUCCUAUCAAAUACCCAGAGGAUCACCAAUUCCAAGAUGAUGGACCUCCAGGUGUGGAUGAACCAUUAGAAAAACCUGAAAAUGGAGAAGCAGAUAAUGAUCAGGAAGAUGGUGAACUAAAACAAAAUGGAGAAGAUGAGGAAGAUCUUGAAGACGACAGUGAUGAAGAUGAUGUUAAUGUUGUGAUUGGAGAUAUUAAAACUCCAACAGCUUAUCCUCAACAGCAUAGUAUUAAAAGAGGUGGUUUAACAACAACAAUUGGCGACAAAAGCAAACAAAUUCAGCAAAGUGGAAAGUUCCAAGUAGAAGAGUUUGAACAAAUUGGCACUAUUAAUGGGGUUCCUGCUUGUGAUUAUAACUUGGACGGCCUGGAGGAUAAGCCAUGGAGAAAACCCGGUGCAGAUAUCACAGAUUAUUUUAAUUUUGGUUUUAAUGAGGACACUUGGAAGGCUUAUUGCGAAAGACAAAAGAGAAUCAGAAUUAAUGAAUCAGGGGUGGGCAUAAUGCCACUAAACUCCAUAGGGCUCCCAAGAGGCCCUACCGUUGUCAUGCACGAUAACAACAAAUUUAUCAACCAAAACAACUUCAUGCAAAACCAGCAGAAGCCCAUAUUAUCUCCGGUCAUUCAUAAUGAUGCUCCGAAAGUAAACGUCAUCCAAGUAAUGACGGCAGACAGAAGAGAGUACAGUAGAAAACCCGGCUUUCCGGACAUGAGCGUUCCUCCGCCGAUGGGUUACGCGGAACCGGCACCGUUCAUUCCACCUCCAGAAUAUGGAUUCAAUCCUGAGCCCGAACCAUUUUAUGGUGGUUAUGAACCGACCCAGGAUUCUCAAUGGAUGGAGGGCCAGGGUAAUCCCCAUUGGCAACCUUCGGAAAUCAAGACAUUAACGGGGGCGAGUCCUCCCAGGUCGCCUAAUAGGAUGGGCCCACCGAAUUCAAGGAGAUCACCUACGGCUAGGAGAAGCAGUUCCAGGGAUAGAGAUCGAGACAAAGAGAGCAGAUCGAGAUCUGUUAGAUCUAGGGAUGGAGAUAGGGAAAAGUCAAGGAGGCGUGACAGAUCGCGUAGUCGCUCCAGAAGACAUAAAUCCCGAUCCAGAAGUCCCAGUCAUAGAAGUCAUAAGAAAAAAAAGUCGCGUCGUCACGACGACAGGGACAGUGAAUAAGGGUUAUUUCGGGGUGUCUUAAUGUUAAGAUAAAGACCUUUUUAUCUUGGUAUUUUAAUCUGAUUAUAGUAAAUAAUAUUUGAAAUGCAUUUGUCUUGAAAUUGCAAAAAAAUUAAUAAAUUGCCGAGUUUAUAAUA